UCCCUAUAAGAGGCCGAGCAGACAUCCAGAGACCACAGAAGAAUCUCUCCUCUGAACUGAGAAGCAUCUUGCAUCAUCUGAAAAUGAGAGUGUUCAGUGUCGUCCUUGUUUUGGUGCUGUGUGUGUGCAGUGGAGCUGUAGGUGUGCAGGUUAAAGUUGGAAACAGGAUCUUCCCCUUGGAGGCAGUGAAGCAGCUGAAUGAACUGAUGGAUUUUGAUGAAGAUGUGAGCCCUCACCUCUCUGAGAAAAGCGUGGUAGCUGCUUGCGCUAAUCCUGUCCUGCCUCAAGUCUUUCGGCCAGUGUGUCAAGGGAAAGGGACAGGCAUCAUUUUCUCCGAACUAGCCUCUAUCAUGGUGUCUAGCGAUCCUUGUGAGAUAUGUGUCAACCCCUCCUGCUUUGGGUGUCUGAACUGAGGCUGCCAUCUGCUAGAAACACACACACGUCGGACAGAGAGCCUCUGAGGCCUUCAUCCAACAUCCUUCUUUUAUAUUUAUAUGUAUAAGGCAACCAUGGACAUCGGCAAAACCGUCCUGUCACCUAGCAACCAACCCUGGUGCUCACUGGUCGACAUAACCAUUUUGAAUUGAAAUUUAGGCUUAUUAAAACAUUUACAAUUCUCAUUCUCACCAUUUUUACACGUGUUGGUGAUGUUCACAAGUAAAAUGGAAAGCAGAUGUCUUGGAGUAUUUUAAUAGUACUUUAUUGUCUUCUUAUUGAACUUUUAAUUUAUUGAGUGUGUAGCUUCUUGAUAAUAAAAAUGUGUAUUCUUUG